AUGUUAAUAUAUUCGCAAUAUCUUAUUAAAAAAUCUUCUUCAAUUAGAACUUCUCUAAAUUGUUGUUCUCAGAGUACAAAUUCAUCUCUUGCAUCAAUAUUAUUUCCAGAACCAAAACCAAUCGAUAAGAAUGAAACUCCAUCAUCAUCCUCAACAACAAAACAACAAGCUCAAAAUGUUGUUAGUUCAGCAGCUGAUGCAGCUGUUAAUGUACUUGGUGUGGGUUGGGGUGCACUAAGUGCGGUUAGUAAUCGUAUAACAGGUUUGACCAGUUCAUCAUCUAAAGAAUCAAUUACAAAUAAACAAUUAGAAUCAAUCGUACGUGUGAUUACACCUGAAAAUCUUGAACAACGAACAAAAUCUUUAAUAGAUUCAGUUAAAGCAGCAUCAUCAACAUUAUCACAAGCAACAAGAAUUGAAGAACUUUCAAAUUAUCUUCUUCAUCAACCUGAUGCAAAUUAUUUUACAAAAAAGCAACGUCUUGUACCAUAUUUAUUAUAUUUACGUCGACAAGAAUAUCAUAAACCUGCUAUUGAUAAAGCCUUUAUUGGUAUUAUUAAUGAAUGUCUCACUUUAGCAAAUUAUGUUCAAGCCCCAAGAGGAAAAGGUAUCCGAUUAUUAUCCAUUGAUGGUGGUGGAAUGAGAGGUCUUAUUUCAAUAAAUGCACUUCGCCGCAUUGAAGAUCUUGUUGGUGAACCAAUACAUACAAUGUUUGAUUAUAUGUGUGGAGUAUCAACGGGUGCUGUCAUAAUUGCAAUGCUCGGAGCAUUUAAAGUCGAUUUAAGUCAAUGUGAAGAAUUAUACAAACAUUUUAGUUCGACUGUUUUUCAUCGAAAUAAGGCAUUGGGUAUAAGUUCAUUAAUAACAAAUCAAUCAUAUUAUGAUACAAAAAGUUUUGAGAAUUAUUUAAGAUCUCGAAUGGGUGAACGGUUAAUGUUAAAAAGUUCUCUUCACGCUGAUUCACCAAAAUUCAGCAUAAUAUCUGCAUUGACACUUCCAAAUGGUUUCAAAUUAUUUUUAUUCCGUAAUUAUUCUAUAUUAAUGUCACCUCAUACACAUUAUGAUGGAACAUCAAAAUAUAAAGUAUGGGAAGCUGUACGUGCAUCAACUUGUGCUCCAGGAUAUUUUGAAGAAUAUUUACUUGAUGGAAAUGUAUUUCAAGAUGGUGGAUUAAUAGCAAAUAAUCCAACAAGUAUUGCUUUACAUGAAUGUAAAUUAUUAUGGCCUGAUGAGGAUAUUCAAUGUGUGGUAUCAUUAGGCAAUGGUAGACCAGCACCUGAUGUUGCAUUUCAAUCGAAAUCAAUGAGCUUAAGACAAAAGUUAUCAUCCUUAGUCGAUAGUGUUACAAAUACGGAAACAAUUCAUGUUUGUUUACACGAUCUUUUACCCACAAACAUUUAUUUUCGAUUAAAUCCAUUUAUGAGUUCAGAUUUUGUUUUGGAUGAACAUCGACCAGAACGUCUCGAACAAAUGUUACGUGAUACUCAAUCUUAUACACGUCAAAAUGAAUAUAAAUUCCUUAAACUUACUCAACAAUUAACAAAACUUCGAUCACCAUUUCGACGUUUCUUGGAUAAAUUAAAACAAUUACUUCGCAUAUAUACAUAG